AUGUCUUCCGCCCAAGACGAGUUCAACCAGCUCUUCAGCAAUCGCGAGAGAUCUUCCGCCCAUCCUGAAGACCGGGACCACCAAUCUGACGGCGAUUCCUCCGUUGACGAACAAGACCUUGACCCCGUCCACCAUUCCGACUCGGAUAACGCUAUGCCCGCCAUGACCUCUCGGACCUCUACUUACACAAUUCCCAACACAAGAUUCGAUGCCAAUACGGGGCCCAAGGGUGUCAUUGCGGAUGCUCAGGCAUUCGAACGUGCCCGGAAAAGCAAUUUCCGCAAGUCAUUUGUUUCUGGAACAUCAGUUGCCAACCGCUCGCAUUAUUCCUCCAAAUCCGUCACUGAUGCCGCGACACUCCUCCACAAUUCACCGCCGCCUGAUGGCUCCGCCAGCGACGCCGAAGAGGACGAGGACUCGUUUAUGCAGCAAUGGCGCCAAUCGCGCAUGCAAGAACUACAGAGCCAGAAGACUCGACGGCCAAGUCCCUGGCGAAAACACUACAUGAGUGUAGACACGGUGGAUGCCGUGGGAUAUCUCGAUGCCAUUGAAAAGGUUCCGUCGGACCAGGUCGUCGUAGUCUGCAUAUAUGAUCCCGAGUCCACCACUAGCUCUCUAGUCGAAGACUGCCUGAACACAAUUGCGUCUCGCCAGCCAGCCAUCCACUUUAUCAAGCUUCACCACGAGAUUGCCGAAAUGGACCACAUCAAACCCCCUGCGAUACUGGCAUAUCGCGACGGUGACGUUUUUGCGACAUUCGUCGACAUUCCGCAGCAGAUCCCGAAAGGCCGAAGCUGCAGCGCCGAUAGUCUCGAGGAUCUUCUCAAGAUGCAUCGAGUGCUUUAG